AUUCUUGGUCGAUGCACCAAAGUGGGUAUGUGCCGCUGCUGGGGUUCAUUAUCGUCACCGUCUGUCUUGUUAGCGCAAACAGUGAAAAGGAUGGCAAAUACCAAGAGAAAAUCAGUCUAAUGGCGGCGGCAGGCGGUUGUAGCCUUAUUUAUUGCAAUAGAGGCUCGCAGUUUUUUUUCUUUCAUAGGCACGUCUACUGGAGAAGUGUUCUUGUUUUAAGGGCUCAUCAUCAUCAGUUGAGAUGUAGGGCGCCACGGACGGCUCCUACUGAGCGUGGUCGCGAGCGCCAUCUGUCACUAAGCAGCGUCCAUCCUGUAACACACACGCACAAGGUGCUGAAGCAACUGUCAAGCAGCCGGCUGAAAGGCUGUGUCCGACUCGGCGAUGGCACCAGCACACCCUCAACGCAAGGCCGUCGCCGAUAGCCGAGACAAACGGCGCGGGCUGUAGUCGUCGGCGCCUUUCGAUUCCGACGGCGUCCGGUCUAGCCUGUCAUGCUUGAAGCCACGCAACCAAGGCACAACGCCCCGGAUCGCUCGCUGUGGAGACAGGCACAGGUUGGCUCACCUGUGACGCAGUGCUGCCGGGGCUCGUGAGCGAACCAGCAGGGCGUACAGUGCAUGCAUCUUACGCAAAUGGCGUCGGCGAGACCUCCACGAAAAGCCAGCGUCGGGGCUGCGAGCUUCGUAGCAGCCGUGGGCCUGGCUUUCGUCUCUCUGACGGGCGCUCAAGAAAUCGCUGUGGUGUCCCUAAUUACACCUAGCGAGCAUCCAGUCCAGUUGUGCAUGUCGUACUACCCAGAGUUCAAAGAGCUGCCGGAUGGUCCAGAUGCUGCGGAGGUGCUCCAGGUGAUAAGCUUUACAAGCCAGAGCAGCUGUGAUAAGCCAUAUGGAAUCGACCUCAAGGAAAAAGUGGUCCUCAUUCAAGACACCGGCAACUGCACCCUGGAAAAAGCCAUGCAGAUAUACAAGGAUGCCAGAGCUUACGCCCUCAUAAUUGCGCUUUCCUCGAAUAAGCUCAAUGAUAUUACUGUCGAGAAGACGUCUUCGUCUGUGACGGACCUGGUGCUCAUAUUUGCAGCAAACAAAUCGGCUCAGUUGCUUAAGAAACUCAUGAUACCGAAGCAGCCAUUUCCGGCGAAAUUGUUCACCAAAAGCAUGGAAGUAGACCCUGGCCUGCUAGUAAUAUGGUUUCUCGCAGUCUUCUCGGUAGGAAUUGGUUCAUACUGGUCGGGAAACAUCAGGCAUCAGGUGUACUUGUGCGAGGUGCACAAGCGUCAAGAAGCGGCGAUGCGUCGUCGGCGGCUCUCGAGCACCGGCAGCGUGGCCGGCCGGCGGCCCAGCCGGCCGCAAGGCAUGAACGUCAUCGAGGAAGAGAGCUCGCUCAACGUCUCGCCCGUCUGGGUGCUCUCCUUCGUCGUCUUCAUGGCCACCAUGCUCGUCGUCCUGUACCUCUUCAUCGCAUACCUCGUUUAUUUCAUUCACGGCAUGUUCGCGCUGUCUUCGGCAGUCGCCAUUCUCGGUGUUCUGGAGCCGCUGGUUUACAAGAUGCCCUGUGGCACCGGCAGGCUUCCGGUUGGCGCCGUACCUUGCUUCCAUGGUUCGCUCGAGGUCCGGCAGGCGCUCGUGCUGAUCAUGGCCGUCAUAGUGCCCGCUGUCUGGGUCUACUGGAGGCACCACCCGCUCUCAUGGAUAAUGCAGGACGUUCUGGGCGUCUGCUUCAGCGUGUACAUCUUGCGCGUGCUUCGCAUGCCCAGCCUAAAGAUAUGCACACUGCUUCUGUCGAUUCUAUUCUUCUAUGAUAUAUUUUUCGUAUUUCUUACGCCACAUUUGAUUCCGGCGAAAAUUACUCACAAUUCAACGACGAGCUUCGUAAAUGCCUCGGGGAAAGGCGACAGUAUCAUGGUUGAAGUGGCCCGCGGCGGGGGCUCGAAGGAGCAGAUUCCGAUGGUGAUGCGGGUGCCGCGAUUCGGAAACCAAGACAUCUCCGCGUGUCUCAAUAGCUACUCGCUUCUCGGCUUCGGAGACAUUCUCGUUCCCGGCCUUCUGCUCGCGUUUCUGCGCGGCUUCGACCUCAGCAAUGUCGGUGGUUGCAUGUACUUCCCGGUGGCCUUGAUAUUCUAUGGCUUAGGUCUUUUGGCGACGUUCGCCAGCCUCUACCUGAUGCGCCUGGCCCAGCCUGCACUUAUGUUCCUCGUGCCAUUCACAGUGCUGCCGACACUGCUCAUUGCGCGGCUGAGGGGCGAGUUCGACGACAUCUGGAACGGAAAUGCGCCCGAGGAGGCCAGCCUGUCGGAGAGCGACGUUUCGCACCCGGACAUCCUCGCGGAGGACCACCUCAAACCCACCGACCCUAGAAACUUGGUGACUCAACCCGUGCAGCCGGCGUUCCAACCGACGGGAUCAUACGGAAUCGCCUUAACGGGACACGCUUCACAGCAGCUCACUCCGGAGAAGUUCCUCUAGCGAGCACACUAUAUCUAGCGCCGAAAGUCUGUUUUUUUUUUUUUUUUUUUUUUGUUAACAGACUGGUCAUAAUUUAAAAGAUACAUAACGGGCAGAUGUUGAUACUGACUUGUCCGUUAUGUGUACCCGUCGCUUUGA